CUGGAGCAUUUCCAGAGGGAAAAAAAGACGGGAGAGAGAACCGCACACACACCCCGGUGUCUUAAAAUAGAGCGCAGGGAGGGAGCGGCCCGGCGGAUCCUCCCCGCCCGGCGCAGGGUAACAAUGGUGCUGGCCGGGGAGCCGCGGGCGCCGUGAUUGACACUCGGGGCGUCGUGAUUGACAGCCGAGGCGUCCUAAAAAGGCCGCGGAGAGAUGCUUAUCGCAGGGUUUAUAUAGCGGGGGAGCCGAGCGGAGCGGAGCCGAGCGGGGAGGAGGAAGAAGAAGAAGAGGAGAAGGCGGCCGAUGCGCGGGCGGCCGCGGGUCCCGCAGCGCCCCGCAGCCCCGGGGCCGGCCCCGCCAUGCACUGCCAGCCGCAGCCCCGGCUCGCCGCGCCCGGCCGGCACAGGGCAGGCAGGAGGCGCUACAAGACCUUCAUGAUCGACGAGAUCCUCUCCAAGGAGACCUGCGACUACUUCGAGAAACUUUCCCUCUACUCCGUCUGUCCGUCCCUCCUCGUCCGGCCCAAGCCCCUGCACUCCUGCGCCGGCUCCCCUUCUCUGCGGGCAUACCCUCUCAUCUCCGUCAUCACCCGGCAGCCCUCCGUGGUCCCUCACCUUGUCCCUGCUGCCACCAGCUCCCGCGUACUGCCAGCCCAGACCCCGUCAGGCACUGCCAGCUCCGAGGCACCAGCCAGCGAGACCCAUGGCAGCAGCGAGUCAGAGGCAGAGCAGCCCACACCUCGGCUGAAGAAGCCACGCCGGAGCAGGACCAUCUUCACCGAGCUCCAGCUGAUGGGCUUGGAGAAGAAGUUCCAGAAGCAGAAGUAUCUCUCUACCCCUGACAGGUUGGACUUAGCUCAGUCACUGGGGCUGACACAGCUGCAGGUGAAGACGUGGUACCAGAACCGUAGGAUGAAGUGGAAGAAAAUGGUGCUGAAGGGUGGACAGGAAGCUCCAACAAAGCCCAAAGGCCGUCCAAAGAAAAACUCCAUUCCCACCUCGGAAGAGAUAGAAGCAGAAGAGAAAAUGAACAGUCAGGCUCAGAGCCAGGAGCUAGAGGGAACUCAAGCCCUCGAGGAGCCUAAACUGACAGAGGAGAAGCCAGAAGUCUCUUUGGAAACAGAGGAGUCUCCAGAACAUAUACCAGAGCCCUCCUCAGAGGAGACUACACCAUCAAGUUAAAAGGGGAAGAAAGGAGAGAGAAAGAAAAG